AUCCGCAUUGCAGGUUCUGUGAUACGAGGAGUAAAAAUUAUUAAAAAUAUGAGUUCCAUCGAGAUUAUUUCAAAAAACAAUCAACAGAAUGAGAAAAUCAUAAAUUCUCUUCAAGCUGAGUUUACUGCCGUUCAACGUGAGUUAAUUGCCAGAAAGAAGCAACAAUUGCUUCAGGAAAAUGCAGACUUGAAGAAUCGUAUCGCUCAGACUCUGGCAGAGCUUGUUCGAUUAGAAACUCAGAAUGGUAAAAAGCAAAUAAGUGUCCCUGGAGCUAGAUCAUUCUGCACACAAGCCACCGAUGUCCCAGUGGCAGCACCUACCCCAACACCUGCCAAAGUCGAAGAAAGUAAAGAUGCUGCUAAAACUGCUCCGAAAGAAAAGAAACCAAAAAAAGAAAAGCCAGCUAAAGCUGCUGCAGCCCAAACUUCAGCUCCUGCUGCCGAACUUCCCAUUGAUGUUGGUCGGCUUGAUUUACGUGUUGGCAAGAUUGUCGAAGUGGGACGUCAUCCGGAUGCCGAUAGCUUGUAUCUCGAAAAGAUCGAUUGUGGAGAAGCUCAACCCAGAACUGUAGUAUCAGGUCUAGUUAAGUUUGUUCCCUUGGAAGAAAUGCAAAAUCGUUCUGUUGUGGUUCUGUGCAAUUUAAAACCAGCCAAAAUGCGUGGUGUAACGUCUGAGGCAAUGGUAAUGUGUGCAUCUACACCAGACAAAGUUGAAGUGCUCAGUCCCCCCGAGGGAUCCGUGCCUGGGGAUCUUGUUCAUUGUGAAGGUUUUACCCGCAACCCUGAUGCACAAUUGAAUCCCAAAAAGAAAGUCUUUGAAACAUGCGCACCUGAUCUUAAGACUAACGAUAAUUUAGUUGCUUGUUUCAAGGGAGCCGCGUUGCAUGUCCCUGGCAAGGGUAAUGUUGUCGCUCAGACCUUGAAGAAUGUCAAUGUUAAGUAAAAUUAUUAUAUCUGUUGAUAGAUUUGAAUAAAUAAUGCUCACUAA